UGCAAAUAAAAGAAAAAAUAAUAAUUAGCAUGAAUAUACCAUGUUUAUGAUUACGUACAAAUGUAUUUGUAUAUAUAUACAUAUAGACAGUGUCUUGUUUACCGUUGAGAAUGCAAAUACGUUUGAUUACAUAAAUACAAACUUUCAAAUAAAUGAAUAAUUUCGUUUCAUUGUUUUUGUGAGAAUGAGAUUUUAGUUAUUAUCAAAGAAAUUAAAUUGUUAACAGUAGUACAUAUAUCUUUGAUUGUUUCUUUCAAACGUUAGGCGAUUUAAAUAUCAUUAUUAACCCUUAAGUAGCAUGAUAGGAUAAGAUUCGACCUUGUCAAAGUUUAAUCUUUCAUUUCUCUACUCAAAGAUAGGUACAUUCUGUGUACCGUACAUGACUAUGGGAAGAUGGUCUCUUUUGUCACUAAUUCGUACAUACAAAUUACCUAAGAAAAGAUACAGUUACAUUUGUGGUACAAAAUCAUAUUUAUUUCAAGGUGCUUUCAUACCACUGCCUGUACUUCGGUUAAAUAGGAUAGUUCAGAAGUCACAGACUUUUGUUUCAAUGUCAGCAAAUAUGGCUACAAGCAAUGUUGAAAAUCUGGCACAAAAGAUGAAUCGACUAACUUUGGAAAAGUCACCUUAUUUACUACAGCACGCUAAGAACCCAGUGGACUGGUAUCCAUGGUGCACAGAAGCAUUAGAAAAAGCAAAGAAGGAAGACAAAUUAAUUUUUUUAUCUGUUGGAUAUUCUACUUGCCACUGGUGUCAUGUUAUGGAAAAAGAAUCAUUCAAAAAUGAAGAAAUUGCUGGUAUUAUGAAUAAAAAUUUUGUUAAUAUAAAAGUAGAUAAAGAAGAAAGACCAGAUAUAGAUAGGAUAUAUAUGACUUUUGUACAAGCAACAACUGGUCAUGGGGGAUGGCCAAUGAGUGUAUUUCUAACUCCUGAUUUAAGACCUGUAGUUGGAGGUACUUAUUUUCCUCCAGAAGAUACAUUUAGACAAACAGGAUUCAAGACAAUUUUACUCAGUAUUGCUCAAAAGUGGAAUUCACUCAAAACCAAAAUUACAGAAGUUGGCUCUGCUAACUUCGAAACUUUACAAACUAUUUCUAAAAUUCCACAAACAUCAAAGAAACACGAAGUACCUUCGUUAGAAUGUAGUGAUCUAUGUGUUCAACAACUAACGAGUGAAUUUGAACCAAAAUUCGGUGGAUUUGGUUCUUCGUACAGUAUGCAGGCACCAAAAUUUCCACAACCAGUGAAUUUGAAUCUCUUGUUUCAUAUGUAUGCUCGACGAUCCAGUGAAGAGCUAGCACAGCAUUGUCAAUAUAUGGCUAUACAUACUUUAAAGAAAAUGUCUUAUGGUGGUAUUCAUGAUCAUGUAGGUCAGGGCUUUUCAAGAUACUCUACUGAUGGUGACUGGCACGUACCUCAUUUUGAAAAAAUGUUAUAUGAUCAGGGCCAAAUAAUGAAGUCUUAUGCGGAUGCAUAUCUUGCAACUAAAGAUAAUGAUUUUGCUGAAAUUAUUGAUGAUAUUGCCACAUAUGUGAUAAGGGAUCUCCGACAUCCGGAAGGUGGCUUUUAUAGUGCUGAAGAUGCAGAUUCCUAUCCAACACACGAUGGACAUGAAAAAAAAGAGGGUGCUUUUUACGUGUGGACUGCUAAGGAAAUUAAAUCACUUUUAGAUAAAGAAAUUUCUGAUGAAAAGCAUAUUAAAUUGUCUGAUGUAUUUUGUCAUCAUUUCAAUGUAAAGGAAUCGGGAAACGUAAAACCGUAUCAAGAUCCACAUGGAGAAUUGACAGGGAAAAAUGUAUUAAUAGUAUACAAUGGAAUUGAAGAAACGGCCAAGCAUUUUGAUUGUACCGUUGAAGAAGUAAAAGAUUAUUUGAAAGAAGCAUGUUCCAUUUUAUACGAAGCUAGAUCGGCGAGGCCGCGACCUCAUUUAGACGACAAAAUUAUUACAGCGUGGAAUGGUCUUAUGAUAAGCGGUUUAGCGUAUGGCGGAGCAGUAGUAGAAAAUAAGCAGUAUGUCGAGUACGCGGCAGAUGCCGCGAAAUUUAUCAAGCGUUACCUUUUCGACGAGGCUAAAAAUAUACUACUUCACAGUUGUUACCGGAACACUGAAAAUCAAAUUACGCAAAUGAGCACACCUAUACCUGGUUUCUUAGACGAUUAUGCGUUCGUUGUAAAAGGACUGUUGGAUUUAUACGAAUCUAGUUUAAAUGAAGAAUGGCUAGAAUUUGCCGAGAAGUUACAGGACAUACAGGACAAACUAUUUUGGGAUGAAAUAAAUGGUGGAUAUUUUACAACAACGUCAGAUGAUCCUAGUAUAAUUGUAAGACUUAAGGAAGCUUAUGAUGGAGCAGAACCAUCCGGUAAUUCGGUUGCUGCCGAAAAUCUCUUGAGAUUAGCUGACUACUUGGGUCGUAGCGACCUCAAGGAUAAAGUUACACGUCUCUUUGGAGCAUUUAGACACUUGUUAACGCAAAGACCUAUCGCAGUUCCGCAAUUAGUAUCAGCGCUUGUUCGUUAUUACGACGAUGCAACACAGAUUUAUAUAAUCGGAAAGCGAGAUGCUGAGGAUACCGAUGAUUUACUUCGCGUUGUAUAUAAGCGCUUGAUUCCUGGAAGAAUUCUUUUCUUAAUUGAUCAUGAUGAAACAAAUAGUAUAUUACUUGGUAAAAAUCAGCAUCUUAGAAAUAUGAAGCUUGUGAAUGAUCGAGCAACAGCCUACGUAUGUAAACAUCGCUCUUGUACUUUACCUGUUACAAAUUCUCAACAAUUAACUGCGUUGUUGGAUAAACAGCAAUAAAAAAUAAAGUACAUUACUCAGGGAUAAUAGUUAGGUACAGUAUCGAGAAUGGUAGUUAUCAAUAAGUAUUAUAAAAUUUGGAAGUUUCGAGGUGGUAAGUUUCAAAAUGCGAAUUUAAAAAUUUUAGAGUGCAAAGUUUCAGAAAAUAUUAAAUCAAAGUUUCUGAAGUAAAUGUUUAAAAGCGAGUAGUGGGGUCUCUCCCUAUAGCGCCAUUUUCCCUAGGGAAGCCUACCAUGCUUGGCAGUGUACAUACAUACAUUAAUAUUACUAUGAUUCAGGUAUGUAUAUUGUAUAAGUAGAUGUAUGUGUAAUUAAAUGACAUUUAAUUACGUAUUGUACCUUUUAUUGUAAUUAUAAAUUAAUAGUGUUGAUAAUACUGUUACAUAAAUAAUCGUUGAGAAUUCAUGUAAGCACUCUCUAUUUUAAUAAAAUAAAGGUUUGAAAAUAAA